UGUGUAGUAAAUCAUUGAAGUGGAACUCUGUUAUGAAAAUUGUGGUAUCUUGUGUUAACUUCAUUAGAGCUAAUGCACUAAAUCACAGACAAUUUCAGGGAUUUCUGUCUGAGCUAAAUGUUGAAUAUGGAGAUGUUCACACAGAAAUCCAUUGGCUGAGUCGAGGGAGAGUUUUGAAACGUUUCUAUGACUUACUUCCACAGAUUACAACUUUUCUGCUUUCAAAAAACAAAGAAAUACCAGAGCUCAAUGAUGCAGAAUGGAAAUGGCACCUUGCCUUUCUGACAGAUGUAACAGAGCUACUCAACAAUUUCAAUAUGCAACUUCAAGAAAAGGGGAAGCUCAUCUGUGAUAUGCAAUCACAUGUCAAAGCAUUUGAAGUAAAAUUAGGCCUCCUCAUCAAACAAGUGAAGGAAGAAAACUUCUGCCAUCUCCCCACAACUCAAAAUCUGUUAGCAGAAAAACCGCUGAUUGCAUUCCCAAACAAAACAUGUGUGGAUUCACUGGAAAAUUUGCAAAAGGAGUUCCAGUUUAGAUUUAAAGAGCUUCAUCUCCAUGAACAGGAUAUACAGCUUUUCCGUAACCCAUUUUCUGUUGACAUUGAAAAUGUGGAUACAAUUUACCAAAUGGAACUGGCUGAACUGCAGAAUUGUGACUCUCUGAAAGACGCAUUCAAGUCAAGCAGCCUUCAUAAUUUCUAUGCAUCUCUCCCCUCUGAGACAUAUCCUCAUCUCAGGAACCAUGCACUCAAAAUGGCAACCAUCUUUGGCAGCACUUAUUUCUGUGAAAACACUUUUUCUAGAAUGAAACAUUUGAAAUCUCCAACCAGAUCAAGACUAACGGAUGCAAACCUGCAUCCCUUGUUACGACUAGCGGUGACAAAUAUGGAACCAGACAUUGACCAUCUCAUUAGUCAGAAGCAGGCCCAUAGUUCCCAUUGAAAUAUUGGCUCAUAUAAAGGUGAUUGGGUGUGACUUCUUGAUGGAAAGCAGCAAUGUGAACAAUACCCCUGUAUUGAAAGAGUGGACCAGGCAUAUUUCUUAAUGUUUGGUAGAAAGGAUAUGUGGAAACAGUAAUUAAUAUGCCUUACUGAUGAAGAAAAGAAAGGUAACUUGAAUCAUCCUGAUGUGCAUUUUUCUUUUUCAAGUAUCAUUACCUUAAGACAAAUAAAAUUUUAUUUAAAAUCUUAGCAUCUGGCUUCUUCUGUCUUAGGAAGUCAUAGAAUUUUGAGCAGUGUCUUCACUAUAUUUGCUUAACAUUUUUUGUUCUGGAAAUAAACCCACCAAAUUGGAUAAAUUGGUAAUUCAUGAAUUAAUAUUAGAUUAGAAGCUACUGUUUUUCCAGUAGAUGGGACUUUUCAAAACAUAAAGUUGUUUUAUUCUUUUUUGUCAUGUUCAAUAAUUGCUGAAAAUGAUGGGAAAUUUUAAGUGAGGCAUAUAUUGAAUGUGAUAGAUUUGGUGAUGAGAUUAGAAUAUAGACAAGUUGAGAUGCAUAACAUUCAUUUGGCUACUGUAUAAUCAUUCUAGUUUCAAUUUAGUUCAUAUAACAGUUUUAUAACUAAUAUACAUGCAUAGCUUAAAGUUGACUGCCAAGUUUUUAAAUUUACCAUUGGAAACUGAAACAAUAAGUAGAAAUAAAGCUGCUUAGAAUAGCAUUUAUUGACAAAUGAAUCUCACUACAAUGGAGUAGUGGUGAGAAUAGUAGAUCAGUGAUUUCCAAAGCAGUCACACAUCCUCAUGCAGAGGCAGACAACAUUAAGCCUUUCAUAAAUGACCAACUUAUAUGCUGUUAACAAGUUUCUGUUGCAUUUUGAUUCCCCUCGAUCUUCCUUUUGCCAGAAAUUCCCGUCUAUUGGCUCCCCAUUAACUGACUUGAGAAGAGCUACACUCAACUCUCAGAAAAGACAUCGACUGCAAUGUAUUCUUUGUUGUUUCGGUGUCUGACUCUUUGACCUCAGUGGGACCUUUCUUGGCAGACAUACUGAAAUGGUUUGCCAUUUUCUCCUCCAGCUCAUUUUACAAAUGAGAAACCUGAGGCAAAUAGGCCUAAGGGAUUGCACAGGAUCUGAGGCCAGAUUUAAAUUCAGGAAGAUGAGAUUUGAACUCAGUCUUUCUGACUCCAGGCCCAUCAUUCUAUCCAUAAAUCCAACUAAUGGCCCCUAUGAACUUUCUAUCAUUCACCAGAUGUUGAGCAGCUACUGUAUAUAUGAUAUUGUGCUAGAGAAGUUUAUCAUGGGCCAAUCCACCUGACUUGUUCGAUGAGGAGGAAAAAAGCUCAAAAAUAACAAUAUAGUCUACUUAGAAAUGUCUCAGAGAAAAGAUCAAGGACUGGGGUAACCAGGGAAGGCUUUAUGCAAACCAUUUCAGCUGGAUCUUGAAAAUGUCUGACAGAGAUAAAGA